AUGACGGUCUGCCGGUAUUACCAGCAGGGCUAUUGCCGUUACGGAAAUGCCUGCAAACUCGAGCACCCUCGGAAAGGAGGGCAACAAAACUACAACCGCUUCGGCGCCCUGUCUGGGCAAGGCAAUCAAGGGAUGGGCGGGCGAGCUUCAGAUACUCCGGCAUACCCCGGUCUAACUGCCGAAGGAAUCGAACGAGACCUCCGAUCCGAGCUACCUCAAUGGAUCCUGUCAUGCUAUGGCCCAGGGCGGGAUGCCCCAGAGCAACUCUGGGGUGGAUAUCCGCGCGAACAAAGCUUCGAGGAGAUUCGGCUCCAUUUUAUGCUAGGAGCAAUGGCUGGGAAUCCCCAGGGCGCUCUCAGCGAUAUCCAAAAUCUGUACCAGAACGCCCAACAACAGAUUCAGCACACCCUCAACAACAUUCCAGCGGCAAUACAGUUCAUAAUCGACGCAGCGAAGACACACCCAAAUCGAAUAGACGUUUGUAAGGCAACCAGUGGAGGAGCUGCUCCCGAUGGCGCAUUCGGCAGCCAAAGGAACGCUUUUCAACAGUCUGCACCGUCCGCAAACCCGUUCGGCGCGACCUCUGGCCCGACAACUGGUGGCGGCGUCUUUGGGCAACCUGCCACGCUGGGUCAAAAACCGAACCCGUUCGGCGCUCCUGCCGCCGCGCCGGCCUUUGGUCAGCCCACGCAACCAGCAGCCCCAGCUUUCGGCCAGCCGGCAACUCUAGGAGGUUCAUCACCUUUUGGCCGACCGGCGCAAACAACCAGUGCCUUUGGUCAGACUAGCGUGCUUGGUGCCAAGCCGAACCCGUUUGGGGCGCCAUCACUAGGUCAGCCAGCGCAACCCGCAGCUCCUGCCUUCGGUCAGUCAGGAUUUGGGCAGCCCGGGAUAUUGGGGCAACGACCGAACCCUUUCGGGACGCCAGCAGGGGGAGGAGGAGCCUUCUCGACUGCUGCACAGCCCGCACCGCAAAGUAACCCCUUCGGCCAGCCAGCACAACAACCGCAGCAAGCCCAGAAUGCCCCUAAUCCGUUCGGCCAACCAGCGAAUAACCAGCCUGCAAAUAACCCCUUUGGACAACCAUCUGCCGCAAGCCCUUUUGGGCAGCCAGCAACUGCAACCCCAAGUCCCUUUGGCCAACCUCCGCAGCAGCAGCAGCAGCAACAGCAACAGCCAGCAAUCAACCCCUUCGGCACAUCGGCCACAAAUGCGGCACCGGCCAAUCCAUUCGGCGCGCCUGCCACAAGUACAGCCCUAGCCAACCCCUUCGGACAGCCCGCCACCACUUCGCCAUUUAGCGCGGCCGGCGGGACCACUGCCUCCUCGGCUCCCAACCCCGGCGCAAACCCCUACGGCCCCAACGUUACGCGUCAGCAUCCUGACAUAUCUACCUACGCGACCCAUAACCCAGACAAGACGUUGCGUAUGUUUAAAGGCAAGCCCGUUACCUACGAGGAGCCGAAGCCAGGGUCGAAACCAGUGCCGAUGGUGCGGAACUUCGACGGGACAAUGGUUCGCAUCUGGAUGCCUAACGGGGCCCCGCCGUACACUACCCAGACCGAGGCGGAACCUGAAAAGUACCAGGACCCUACUGUCAUGCAGCAGUGGAAGGCGUUCGUGGAGACGGGAAGGUUUGCUGGCGGGGUCAUGCCUGAGGUACCACCAAAAAGGGAAUUUUGUAUGUGGGACUUUUAA